UGUGUAUAUAUGUACGUCUAUCCCACCGUUUCUUAACGGACAACCAAACUGCUUAUGUCCAAUGGAUCUAUGAUUCCGGCGGUCUCGUCCAUGAUCAUCAUAUUGUGAUUCCUAGCAUGAGUGAGGAGAGAGAUUGAGACGAGGCAACUUUGAAGGACUCAAUUAGGCGUCAUGUCGAGGGCUUGGUUUUCCUGAAGAUCUCAAAUAGUUCCUUGUGCCUUAUUGUGUCAAUGGUUUAGUGGUAGGUACCACUUUAUUCACUACUAAUAGUACACUAUUGUUGCUCACAAAUGGAAGAUAUUGUAAAGCUUGUUUUCGAAAGUAAAUAUCAGCAGAAUCCAGUUAAGUUAAAUAUUUCUCGCAGCCUUAUUAUGAAUAAAUUGUAUUCCUGGAUCAUUGCUUGUCCCCUAACCAAUGUUGCUUAAGCAUCCACCAUACCAUGUCAAUAACUCAUUCUGGUGCAUUGGCCAAAUCCAAUUUUUCAUCCCAAUUAUAUUCAAGAUUAUUUCUUUUCCAACAAUUGAGCUGCUGCACACUGAUGUUCAUUGUUUAUGCCAUUGUUUUUUCUCCUUGCCUAACAUUAUAAAGCAACAUUAUUUUCACACUAAUGUUCAUAUUCAUUAUUGUCAAUGUAUUCUACUAGACCCUAAAGUUAGCUGGGACUGUUAUUUUCUUGGAUUGUAGCCGUUGAUCACCUAAUAACGAGCUAGGUAGGAGUAGAAGACACAGAAACUUCCAUAAAACACUGGGCUCUUUGUAUUUGCAAAUAGUGGUUCUGCUUCCUCCAUCUUUUCUUUGCUUGUACAUGGAAAAGAAGUAAGAGUUGCUGUUAGGCAUGGAUCUGAGCAUCUGCUGCUAUUGACUCUGUAGAAGGUGAAGAGAUUUUGCUUGUAACAAAGCUUUCUCAUUCAAUAUGUGGAGUUUUGCUUCAAAUGCCAUUGCGGGUACCUCUGGACUGAAGAAUGACUCUGCAAGACCAAAUCAAGCUUCUUCAGAUUACUCUGAUGAUGACGUCUCCGUAAAUAACAGCAGAGAGGAGGGUUUAGAGUGCCCCAUUUGCUGGGAAUCCUUUAAUAUUGUGGAGAAUGUGCCCUACGUAUUAUGGUGUGGCCACACGCUUUGUAAGAACUGUGUCCUUGGACUACAAUGGGCUGUUGUGAAACUGCCCACUCUUCCAAUUCAGCUCCCUUUUUUCAUAUCAUGCCCAUGGUGCAACUUGUUAUCAUUUCGGUUGGUUUAUAAAGGGAACCUCAAAUUUCCACGAAAGAACUACUUUCUCCUUUGGAUGGUUGAGAGCUUAAAUGGUGAUAGAGUCAAGUCCCAUUCUUCCUCUUGUGGUGACCAUCUGCCAGUACCUGCUUGGUCUUGGACUCGAGGUUUGAUCAGUAAUCAGCCUAGCCAUACUAAUAAUCUAGUGUGCCCACGUGUUCGCGAGUCUAAUCGCCAUGAUGAUUCUCGAUCUACCCAUCUGAAUACUGAAAGACUGCACUCAUCUCUCCGUAAGUCCUUAAUCUUCUUUGUUCACUUGACGGCCAAGUUCCCUCUGGUCUUCAUAUUUCUACUCAUUGUUUUAUAUGCCAUACCUGCAAGUGCAAUCAUCUUAGCUGUGUACAUCCUCAUCACAAUUCUAUUUGCUCUGCCAUCUUUUCUUGUUCUUUAUUUCGCAUACCCAAGUCUUGAUUGGCUGGUAAGAGAAAUCAUCACUUAAGGUUGCAUCUGGCUGUCUUCUUCUUCUCUUUCUUUUUUUCAAUUUGGGACUUCUUUAUAGCACUAUUUUGCAAUCUGCAAUCUGCAACUACAAGUAUGCCAUUUUUGGAACUUGUUGAAUCCUGGAAAAACUAGGGGUGGCAAGUAUCAUUUCUAGUAUAUUAGCCAUCAAGUGUCAUGUAGCUUCUAUAUGCCUGUAAAAAGAAGAGUCUGUACUCUCUACUUUAUGACACUGUGUAUAUUUUUUUCAAUAUGAUUGCUAAUUUAGUCAUCUUUUUGGUGGGAUUUUACUGUUUUUGUCCUUGUAUUCAGCUGAUUUAUGUGCAAUAUUCAGGUUUU